AUGCAAUUGCUCUCUCACGCGGUUCCCGUGGUCGGUGGACUAGCGAGCUUCGCAGCCGCAGCUUUGAAGGCCGGGGACCACCGCAUGCAAACUCGCCGAGUGGUCAAGAUCACCGACCUGGCAGCUGAUGCGGUUGAGUGUUGUUCGCUGGCGAGGAGAUUGGCCAUACGAAUGACGGACGGUCUUGCCGCCGGCACCAUCUCCACGACCGAGAACUCAGUCGGAGGGCGCGGUUGGAAUCUGGGCAUCGGCGCGUUGCCAGACGGUACGAGCGAGGAAGUCGUCAUGGAAUGGUUCACGGGAGAGGUGGCGAACCGCGAGGCCAACACCACCGCUGGGAGGCGGCUCGGGAAACAGCACCUCAAGGAGCUACUGGUGGCGGUGGGCCGGGGCCGUCUCCAAGGCACGAACACUACAGAAGAGAAGGUUGAAAUGCUGCUGGAGGCCAUCGCCGGCGGGUCCAGCAGUAGAGUCACUAAACCCCCCCGUGCGGAAGACAAAUCGUUGGUGGAGUCUCCUGCGGUACCAGCUCCAUCCCACGACGGCGGCUUGGAUCGGGACGCGGAAUUCGCCGCUCUCAAAGCAAAAUUUGAAGCACUAGAGCUCGGCGAUGAGAGGCGGCAAGCAAAAUUGGAAGCACUAGAGCUCGCUGAAGAGAGGCGGCAAGCAGAAUUUGAGGAAUUGCAGUCUGACAACAAGCAGCUUCUGGCCGAGGUGGACACCAUGAAGAAACUCAUUCCAAAGCCCCGAGGGGGACAAGCGGCUGCGUGGAUGCCGCGGCGGCGGCGACGGACCACCAGCUGGUGA